GAUCACAGCCAGAUCUGCAGCUGGCCGGGCACCGUUCUGGGAUCCCCGUGCCCCACCACGACGGCACACUCCUUCGCUCUCAGGUCAUCAUCUUCACCACUUUCUGGGGCCUCAUCAGCAUCAAGGCACCCAACCGCCGAGAGAUCAUCACCACGCUGGUAGCCACCGCUGUCUGCUGUUACCUCUUCUGGCUCAUUGCCAUGCUGUCAGCUGACUCCCCUGUUUGGGCUGCAGCUGAAGAACAGACCAUCUGGUAUGUGCACUUCCUGUGGGAGUGACCACUGCCACUUCAGCCCAGGUGCCCCAGC